UUAAUGAUCUUCUUAUAUUGGUAUAGUGGAGGGUAACCUUUAGAGUUGUACAUGUUCCUUUGCCUAUAUAAAGCAAGCUCCUCCAUAAAAUCUUAUAAGCGUGAAGUGAAGCUACACACACACACACACAGAUCUAGAGAGAGAAAGCUCUUGAACUUUGCUAAUCUUUUCAAGGAUCUUUCCAUAAGGUGACUUGAAAAAAAAAAACAAUGGAUGGAAAGCAGGGUUGGACCGUUGCUGAUGCAGUAGACUACAAGGGGUUCCCAGCUGAUAGGUCCAAAACCGGCGGUUGGGUACCUGCUGCCCUAAUUCUUGGGAUUGAAAUAUGUGAGAGGCUUUCAACAAUGGGAAUAGCAGUGAACUUGGUGACAUAUUUGGGUGGAACCAUGCACCUCCCUAGCUCAACUUCAGCCAAUGUGGUGACUGAUUUUUUAGGCACAUCUUUCCUCUUGUGUCUACUUGGUGGCUUUUUAGCUGACUCAUUUCUUGGUAGAUUCAAAACGAUUGUCAUCUUUGCCUGUAUUCAAACACUAGGAACUGGAACGCUAGCAUUGUCAACCAAAUUGCCAAGCUUAAGGCCACCACCAUGCCACUCCGACGAAAACUGUGAAGAAGCAAAUGGAUUCCAAAUGGGAAUUCUCUACCUUGCUCUAUAUCUCAUUGCACUUGGCACAGGUGGCCUGAAAUCAAGCGUUUCGGGAUUUGGAACUGACCAAUUUGAUGAGAAGAACGAAGCGGAAAAGACACAAAUGGCUUAUUUCUUCAAUAGGUUCUUCUUCUUCAUCAGUCUGGGAUCAUUGACCGCAGUUACAGUACUAGUGUACAUACAGGAUGAAGUUGGUCGAAGUUUGGCUUAUGGGAUUUGUACAAUCUCCAUGUUCAUCGCUAUCUUGGUGAUCAUGUCGGGGAUUAAAAGAUAUCGGUACAAGAAAAGCGCAGGAAGCCCUAUUGUCAACAUUUUUCAAGUGUUAGUCGCUGCUAUAAGGAAGAGGAAUAUGAAUCUUCCUUACGACUAUAACAUGUUGCAUGAAAACUCUCCCGAGGGCUCAAGAAUCCAUCACACAGAUCAAUUUCGUUGUUUGGAUAAGGCUGCGGUUGUAGCAGAAGGAGAUUUUGUGAAAAAUGGCUCGGGUGCUACUCUGAAUCCAUGGAACUUAUGCACGGUGACAAGGGUGGAGGAAGUGAAAAUGAUGACCAGGUUGUUGCCGGUGUGGGCAACAACCAUACUGUUCUGGACGGCGUAUGCUCAGAUGAUCACUUUCUCCGUUCAGCAAGCUUCCACCAUGGAAAGAUCCAUCGGAGGGUUUAGAAUCCCCGCAGGAUCUCUUACUGUGUUCUUUGUGCUUGCCAUACUGCUAACUUGCGCCAUCUACGACUGCUUCAUCAUCCCGCUAUGGAAGAAAUGGAAAGGAAAGCCAGGUUUCACUGAUCUACAAAGAAUGGCGUUAGGGUUGAUCCUCUCAACCCUAGGCAUGGCGGCAGCUGCGGUGGUUGAAAUGAAGCGAUUAUCGGUGGCUAAAGCAGUUGGCGGAACCACCACUGUGAAUCCACUUCCGAUAAGUGUAUUCAUGCUCAUUCCACAGUUCUUCCUGGUGGGUGCCGGCGAGGCGUUUAUAUAUACAGGCCAACUUGAUUUCUUCAUCACAAGAUCACCGAAAAGCAUGAAGACGAUGAGCACAGGGCUCUUCCUCACGACUCUUGCACUUGGGUUUUUCAUGAGCAGCUUUCUGGUGUCUGUUGUGAAGAAGGUAACCGGAAGCCACGGUGGAGAAGGGUGGCUUGCCGACGACAUUGAUAAUGGAAGACUGGAUUGUUUCUAUGGAUUGUUGGCGAUUUUGGGUGUGAUAAACUUUGGCGUUUAUCUGGUGGUGGCAAGGUGGAACAAGAAAGAUGAUAAAGCAGUAGAAAUGGAGAGUGUGGUUUAAUAAGUAAUCGUUAAGUACCUUAACGUAGAUGGUGUGUUUUCUUGUUUAUAUGUUCGUCACUUUUCCUGUAAUGUCAUGCAAAUGAACCGAGCGUUUAGAGUGGAGCUCGUGUUUGAUCUUCUUAAUUGAUGGUAAUACCUCAAAUUAUGUUUA